AUGAUAAUCUUCGACGGCGAUGAUGCCACGUUCUUCUGGGGUGAUGCCACCCACGCGGGCAGUUCUUCGAGGUCGUUCGUCUCACCUCGCGCCCCUCUUCCAGGACCGUCAACAGAUCGAGUGGCGGUCGCUCGCCCAACGGUCAACACGAUGGUCUCCAAGCGGACAACCCCGGUGUGCGCCUUUCCCCCACCGCCACCAUCGACCACCUCCCACCUGCGAAUCAGCAAGGCCGGAAGGAGCAUUGCAGCCAACAUCGUUGGCCGUCUGCGGACGGCCAUUGAGACCGGCGAUGCGUGCGACAUGCCGGCGGCCGGCUUGCUGGACAUGUCCGGCAAAUGUGCGGCGAUGAAGGCCAGAUUGGGCAGCAGCAGCAAGCGCUGCCCGACCGAGGUACAGCGCCUGACAGAGCUUUUGUCCUCCCUGUUUUCCAUGUGGGCGAACAUCAAGAGUGUAAUCCGCAACUCGAACGAGUGGGUCUCUCUCACGGACCAGAAGGAGGCCAUGGACCUCUUCGGGCUCCACCUCGCCCACUCCCACGCACUCCUCCGCAAUAUCAAGAACUCUACAAGCACGGCGAGCUUCUGGCCAGAGGUCGAGACAAACGAGGCUCUCCAGACCAGGACAGCGAGGUUCACAGCCAAGUGCAUCCUCAAGGGCGAGGUCAUCUCCAACAAGCAGCAGCAGCAGCAGCAGCAGCAAAAGAAGAAGCAGGGCCAGCUAGCCUCCCCGUACUCCCCCUCUUCCCCGUCAAGACGAGACCGGACGAACAAGUCGUUCCGUCCCUCGGCGUGUUCUCCCCGCCACGAGGGAGGCACCGCUUCCUUCUCGGACGACGCCACAGACACCCCCUCGACGUCCACGUCGCCGUUGUCAUCGUCUCUGUCGUCGUUCUUCUCGGCGUCUUCCGCCCACACCUUCACUGGGAGCGAGAACAUCACGGAGGCCCCCCCGUGCAAGGGCCGCCAGAAGAAGCACGCCCCCUCCAAGGUCCCCGUCUCCCCGGGGGUGGCGUUCGUGCCCUACCGCAGCCCGACCAGCCGGACUAACCCGAGAGGCUCGAGCCUGCGAGGAAGCGGCGCGAUUGCCGGUCGCAAGACCCGGUUUUAG